CUGUCCUAGAUUUAUACGAGUAGCUCUUUUCAAGGGAGAAAUGGGGGAGGUCUCCGGCGGAGAAACAAAACAAUCGAGCUUGGUUUUCGCUGUUAAUGGAAAGAGGUUUGAGUUAUUUGAGUCUGAUAUACAUCCUUCCACAACUUUGCUCGAGUUCUUGCGUUCCCACACUCACUUCAAGAGUGUCAAGCUCGGCUGCGGUGAAGGAGGCUGCGGGGCCUGUGUUGUCCUACUGUCCAAGUAUGAUCCGGUGCUCGAUCAGGUUGAGGAUUCAACUGUGAGCUCAUGCCUCACACUGCUUUGUAGUUUAAAUGGAUGUUCAAUUACAACAGCUGAGGGAGUUGGGAAUAGCAAGGAUGGUUUCCAUCCUAUUCAAGAAAGGUUCGUCGGAUUUCAUGCUUCUCAAUGUGGUUUUUGUACUCCUGGAAUGUGUGUUUCUCUCUAUUCAGCUCUUGUCAAUGCUAAUAAGACUAAUAGGCCCAAACCCUGUCCCGGAUUCUCCAAGCUGACAGUUACUGAAGCAGAAAAGGCCAUUGCGGGCAAUCUUUGUCGCUGUACCGGUUAUCGACCGAUUGCUGAUGCUUGUAAAAGUUUUUCUUCUGAUGUUGAUAUGGAAGACUUGGGAUAUAAUUCCUUUUGGAAAAAGGGAGAAAGUGAUGAAGUAAAGAUGAGUAGGUUACCUGCAUACAAUCAUAAUCAUGCAAGUUCUAAGUUUCCCGAGUUUCUCAAGAAGGAAAUCAAGGCAGGUGCCAAUCUGGGUUCUAAACUAUGUCACUGGUAUAGUCCUACUAGUAUUGAGCAACUUCAAAGUUUACUGCAAAAGAAUGAGGCCGAGGAUGGAACCUCAAUGAAGAUUGUUGUUGGUAACACCGGAACGGGAUAUUACAAGGAACAAGAACACUAUGACAAAUAUAUUGAUUUAAAGCAUAUUCCCGAGCUCUCAAUCAUCGUGCAAGACCAGACAGGUAUAGAAAUCGGAGCAGCUGUGACAAUUUCAAAGGCUAUUGAAGCGCUGAAGCAAAAUAAGAUGGGUGAUUUUCCCCUAGAUAGUAAAACUGUGUUUAAGAAAAUUUCUGACCAUAUGGAGAAGAUAGCAUCAGGGUUCGUAAGGAAUUCAGGUAGUGUGGGAGGAAACUUGAUGAUGGCCCAAAGGAAACAGUUUCCAUCUGACAUUGCUACCAUAUUACUUCCUGUGGAAGCAAUAGUGAAUAUAAUGAUAGGCCAGAAACUUGAAAAGCUUACACUGGAAGAGUUCCUUGGAAGGCCUCCUUUGGAUUCCAAAGCCAUUCUUUUCAGCAUUAAAAUCCCGAGCUGGGAGUCGACAAAGGAUAUUUCAUCUGAAACUGAUACUAAGUUGCUAUUUGAAACUUAUCGUGCUGCACCGCGUCCUCUUGGAAAUGCGCUGCCCUAUUUAAAUGCUGCUUUCUUAGCUGAUGUUUCCUUUUCCAGAAAUUCUACAGGAGCUACUCUAAAUAACUGUCGAUUAGCUUUUGGCGCUUAUGCUGCCAAACAUCCCAUUAGAGCAAGGACCGUUGAGAAGUUUCUGAUUGGAAAGGUUCUAAGUGUCAGUGUCCUGUAUGAGGCUAUUAAAUUACUUGGAACCACUAUAAUACCAGAAGAUGGCAUCUGUAGUCCUGCUUACAAGUCGAGUUUGGCUGUUGGUUUUCUCUACGAGUUCCUGAGCCCCUUAGUUCGCACCCCUGAUGAAAUCCCCGGUGAUCAGUUCAAUGGAUAUAAUAGUGCUUUGUUACAUGUGGACUACAAUAAUGAACUGAAAGAGAACUGUGAUGAGUUAAAUGGAACCAAAAUUUCAACAUUGCUGUCAUCUUCAAAGCAGACCAUUCAGUCAAGUAAAGAGUAUCAUCCAGUUGGACAGCCAGUUACAAAAGCUGGAGCUGCCAUUCAAGCAUCCGGUGAGGCUGUUUUUGUGGAUGACAUUCCAGCUCCGAGUAAUUGCCUGUAUGGAGCAUUUAUUUACAGCACAGAGCCUCUAGCACGGGUGAAGAGCGUAUCAUUUAAAUCUGGAUCACCACCAGUUGGGGUCACUGCAGUUAUUUCUGCCAAAGACAUUCCUGGGAAAAAUUUAGGUUGUAGAUCAGUAUUUGGUGAUGAACCUCUAUAUGCAGAUGAGCUCGUACAAUGUGCAGGAGAUCGGAUUGCCUUAGUGGUUGCAGAUACACAGAGACAUGCAGACUUGGCAGCAAACCUUGCAGUGAUUGAUUACGACAAGGAGAAUCUAAAUCCUCCAAUUCUAUCCGUCGAAGAGGCUGUCAAGAGAGGUAGCUUUCUUGAGAUCCCUCCUUUCCUUGACCCUGAACAGGUAGGUGAUUUUUCGAAAGGAAUGGCUGAAGCAGACCACCAAAUUCUCUCUGCUGAGAUCAAACUUGGGUCACAGUACUAUUUCUAUAUGGAGACACAAACUACUCUAGCUGUUCCAGAUGAAGAUGACAGUAUGGUGGUGUACAGCUCUAUUCAAUGCCCUCAAAUUGCACAUGAAACAUUAGCUCAAUGUCUUGGUCUUCCCGCAAACAACAUUCGUGUUAUUACAAGAAGGAUUGGAGGAGGUUUUGGUGGAAAGACCAUAAAAGCCGUCUCUGUUGCUGCAGCCUGCGCUGUUGCAGCUUACAAAUUACAGCGACCAGUUCGGACAUAUCUGAAUCGCAAGACUGAUAUGAUAAUGGCAGGAGGAAGGCAUCCAAUGAAAGUAACAUACACUGUAGGAUUCAAAGAUAGUGGGAAGAUUACAGCCCUAAAACUUGAGAUAUUAAUCGAUGCAGGGGUAUUCCUAGAUAUCAGUAUAAUGAUGGCAUAUACGGUAGUCGAGACACUUAAAAGAUAUGACUGGGGUGCUUUGAAUUUUGAUGUAAAAAUAUGCAAAACAAACCUGCCUAGCAGAUCUGCAAUGAGAGCCCCAGGGGAGGUUCAGGCAUCUUUCAUUGCUGAAACCAUAAUCGAACAUGUAGCAUCCAGUCUUUCCAUUGAGGUGGACACCGUCCGAAGUAUCAAUCUCCACACAUACGACAGCCUCGGCUUGUUUUACAAGAGCACUGCAGGUGAGCCAUCACAGUAUACUUUACCUGCAAUAUGGGAUAAGUUGGCCGUUUCUUCAAGCUUUCACCAGAGGACUGAAAUGAUAAAAGAAUUCAACAGAUUUAAUAAAUGGAGGAAACGAGGGAUUUCGCGUGUGCCGAUCGUGCAAGAAGUGAUUGUGAAGCCAACUCGUGCGAAAGUAAGCAUCUUAAAUGAUGGAUCCAUUGUUGUUGAAGUUGGAGGGAUUGAGAUGGGCCAGGGUCUAUGGACCAAAGCCAAACAAACGGCUGCAUAUGGUCUUAGUUUGAUAAAAUGUGAUGGCAGUGAAGAGCUUUUGGAUAAAGUAAGAGUCAUUCAAGCCGAUUCAUUGAGUUUAAUUCAAGGGGGUUUCACUGGUGGCAGCACGACAUCAGAAUCGAGCUGUGAAGCAGUUAGGCUUUGCUGCAAUGUCUUGGUUGAGAGACUUACAGCUCUUAAGGAAAAGUUGGUGGAACAAAUGGGAUCUCUUCGAUGGGAGUCACUGAUUCUUCAGGCAUAUGUCGCUUCUGUGGACUUAUCGGCAAGUACACUUUUUUUACCGGAUUCUACUUCCAGCAAUUACCUAAACUAUGGUGCAGCAGUGAGUGAGGUGCAAGUGAACCUUUUAACUGGGGAAACCACAACUUUGCGCACAGAUAUUAUUUAUGACUGUGGCCAAAGCUUGAAUCCUGCUGUGGAUUUAGGACAGAUUGAAGGAGCUUAUGUUCAAGGAAUUGGAUUCUUUAUGCUUGAAGAAUACCCCACAAACUCGGAUGGAUUAGUGACAGCAAAUGGAACAUGGAGUUAUAAGAUCCCUACACUGGACACCAUUCCUAAACAAUUCAAUGUCGAAAUCCUCAAUAGUGGACAUCAUGAAAAACGUGUGCUUUCUUCAAAAGCAUCAGGUGAGCCGCCAUUAACGCUAGCGGUUUCAGUUCACUGCGCUACAAGGGCGGCCAUAGUUGAAGCCAGGCGGCAACUUGCUUCAUGGAGUGGCUUCGACGAGUCUAACUCGGAGAUAUUCCAGUUGGAGGUUCCGGCCACCAUGCCAGUUGUGAAAGAGCGGAGCGGGCUUGACAGCGUUGAGAAGUUCUUGCGAUGGACAAUGGGCACAAAGUGAGGCCAUCCUACGUGCUGCAUGUAUAAAUUUUAGCUUCGCACCGUUUAAAUUUAUACAAGUUUAUGUUCAAGACAAGACGUACAACUACUCUAUAAACACGAAAAUAAUUACAAAAAUAUGACAGAUCAAAGGUAAUUAGGAUACAAAUAUAACUUGGGAGGUUUGUACA